UUUUUGCUUUGUCAUUCUGACUCUGGCAGUUUGCCCGCCCCCCUCAGAGCAGGGCGUGGCUUCUCGUAGUCAUUAGGAACCAGCAACCCUUUCACCUCGGUUUCCUUCAGUCGGGCAUUUGCAGCGGAGCAAAACGUGGAGGGACCCCUGCAGAUCCUGAUGGCUUCAUCAUUCUCCCAUUCAUAAGACCGCCAGGGCCUGGAAGCAGCGCUCUCGGAAUUGACCGCGGAGACCGACGUGCCGAUUGUGUUUGUGAAACAGAGAAAGAUAGGCGGCCAUGGCUCAAUCUUGAAGGCUUACCAGGAGGGCAGACUUCAAAAGCUACUAAAAAUGAAUGGCUCUGAGGAUCUUCCUGAGUCCUAUGACUAUGACCUUGUCAUCAUUGGAGGUGGCUCAGGAGGACUGGCAGCUGCUAAGGAGGCAGCCAAAUAUGGCAAGAAGGUGAUGGUCCUGGAUUUUGUCACUCCCACCCCUCUUGGAACUAGAUGGGGUCUUGGAGGAACAUGCGUGAAUGUGGGCUGCAUACCUAAAAAACUGAUGCACCAAGCAGCUUUGUUAGGGCAAGCCUUACGAGACUCACGAAACUACGGAUGGAAAGUCGAGGAGACGGUUAAACAUGAUUGGGAAAAAAUGACAGAAGCUGUGCAGAAUCACAUUGGCUCUCUGAACUGGGGCUACCGAGUUGCUCUGCGGGAGAAAAAGGUGGUCUAUGAGAAUGCCUAUGGGCAAUUUAUUGGUCCUCAUAGGAUUAAGGCAACAAAUAAUAAAGGCAAAGAAAAAAUUUAUUCAGCAGAGAGAUUUCUCAUUGCCACCGGUGAAAGGCCACGUUACUUGGGCAUUCCUGGCGACAAAGAAUACUGCAUCAGCAGUGAUGAUCUUUUCUCCUUACCUUACUGCCCGGGUAAGACCCUGGUGGUUGGAGCAUCCUAUGUGGCUUUGGAAUGUGCUGGAUUUCUUGCUGGUAUUGGUUUAGAUGUCACUGUUAUGGUACGGUCCAUUCUUCUUAGAGGAUUUGACCAGGACAUGGCCAACAAAAUUGGUGAACACAUGGAAGAACAUGGUAUCAAGUUUAUAAAACAAUUUGUACCAAUCAAGGUUGAACAAAUUGAAGCGGGGAUGCCAGGCCAACUCAGGGUGGUAGCCCAGUCCACCAAUAGUGAGGAAACCAUCGAAGGAGAAUAUAAUACGGUGUUGCUGGCAAUAGGAAGAGAUCCUUGCACAAGAAAAAUUGGCUUAGAAACUGUGGGAGUGAAGAUAAAUGAAAAGACUGGAAAAAUACCUGUCACAGAUGAAGAGCAGACCAAUGUGCCUUAUAUCUAUGCCAUUGGCGAUGUAUUGGAGGAUAAGCUGGAGCUCACCCCAGUAGCAAUCCAGGCAGGAAGAUUGCUGGCUCAGAGGCUUUAUGCAGGUUCCACUGUCAAGUGUGACUAUGAAAAUGUUCCAACAACUGUAUUUACUCCUCUGGAAUAUGGUGCUUGUGGCCUUUCUGAGGAGAAAGCUGUGGAGAAAUUUGGGGAAGAAAAUAUUGAGGUUUACCAUAGUUACUUUUGGCCAUUGGAAUGGACAGUUCCAUCAAGAGAUAACAACAAAUGUUAUGCAAAAAUAGUCUGUAAUACUAAAGACAAUGAACGUGUUGUGGGAUUUCACGUACUGGGUCCAAAUGCUGGAGAAGUUACACAAGGCUUUGCAGCUGCACUCAAAUGUGGACUGACCAAAAAACAGCUGGAUAACACAAUAGGAAUCCACCCUGUCUGUGCAGAGGUCUUCACAACACUGUCCGUGACCAAGCGCUCUGGGGAAAGCAUCCUCCAGGCUGGCUGCUGAGGUUAAACCCCAGUGUAGAUGCUGUUGCCAAGACUCCAAACCACUCAUAUGUUUCCUUGCCCAAUCCAAGGCAAAGUUUUCAGGAAGGUUCUUGGGCUCCUGGCACCUGUGUCUUAUGCCUGCCACCACCCAAGGCCCCCUUGGAUCUCAUGGCUAGGAUCAGUGAGUGGAAGGCAGGCAGCAUCACGCUGGGGUCACUCUGACGGACUGGGAACUGACAUCAGGCAGUGCAUCGAAAGGAUGCGUCCAUGAAGUCACCAGCCUCAAGCCGUGUGGUGGGCAGUGAUGGAAUAACUGUCGAAUCAGUUUUAGCAUGGCCUCUCCUUUGUUGGUUUUCUUAUUCCCAUUGUCAAGUUUUCUAAUGUUGAUUUUUUUUUUCUUUUUUCUCCAUGAUGUUAAUGAUAUUAGAGAUGAAAAAUGUUAGCACUUGAUUUUUAUCCAAAAGCAGGUCAUGGCUGGAGUAUACAGAUAAGGUGUCUUGUAGCAUGGAAGGGACGAGUUGGCUCACUUGGAGGCUCCGUAGGCUUGUCCCGUCAAAGAGAACUGUCUUAUGACGAAGAUGGACUGUUCUACUUUACUGACCUGUUCAACAGUUUCUCCUCUGAAAAAUUAUAUGCCCAAAACAAGCAAAUCUGUGAUUGACUCUGGCCAAAUUUGCCCCCAUGUGCUACAUCACUGAUUAAUUUAAGGUCUGUUUAGGAAGGGAAGUGGCUACUUGGCCAGACUGUUUGCAGUCAUAUUCCACUGCACGGGCUGUGUUAGUAAUGUAUGUUUCCCACCAUUGUUCAUCACGGACACAGACGUACACUUCAAAGUGGAGGAAAAACAGUAAAUGUCUUACUCUAUUUAGUUUAUUAUGUGUUGGUCUAAGUGAGCUGAGAUCGUUAGCAAUGGAAAACACAUAACUUGUUUAAAACACUUUUGUCUAGCUUUAUGCUAAAAACACAAAAUAUCACAGCUUUAUUUUGUGUGUGUUAGGGAUCUAGCCCUUCCUAAGAAUUACCUUCAUAGGAAAAUAGGCCUUUUCAUACUCGUGAUUUAAAUCUUUUGUGGUAAUUGCUUUUUAAAGGAAGCUAUUAAUAUCAUAAGUUAUUAUUAUUGAACACAGGUAGAUGUGAAGGAUUUUCAUUUAAAAACCAAGUGGUUUUGACUUUUUCUGUUGAAUGAACGACCAUACCUGCUAAAGUGUUUGCAGAAGUAUUUAUGCUCUGUUAGUACUCCAACUUGUAUUAUUAUAAAGACAAUUAGGUCUUCAGUUAUGUAUUUCUAUGUAAAUGUACUGGCUAAGGAUUAUAAGUUGAGUUUUGAACAUAUGCUGUGGAUAUCAGGCCUCCUGCCAGCAGUUCUUAUAGCCCCUUUUCUGUUCCCUUCCCUCCACCUGUAUUUCUCAGCUACAGCACUGACUGGUUGUUUCAAAGUGUAUUUCUGGGCCACCUCAGGGAACCCAUGUGUCUGUCUGGCAUCUAGUCAGCAAGACACCUGGCCUUGUCCCACAGGGCUCUGUCUCUUAUCCUUAUCCCUUCUGGUUAUAUGAAGGAAAUGGGAAAAGGGAAAGGGGAGAGGGGAAUUGAGGCAGUUGACUUGUUUUAUUUAUUUAUUUUUUAUUUGUUUUUCUCCAAGUUUGCCAAUCUCUGAAAUUAGAACAAUAGGCAGUAUGAGAUAAUUGUGCCUGAUCAUGUUGUGGUUCUCUCUUAGUGGAAUGGGAUGUUCUGUCCCCAUAAGAAGGAUUAUACUUUAUAGACUUGUCUUGUUUAGGUUCUGUAAUUGCCCAGUGUAUUGAAACACAUACUAAAUUCCAUGUAUUUUUGUCACAAAUCUUCUGGGAGAAAAUGUGAAACAUUAAAAGGUAUUAAUAUCCA